AGAGAGAGAGACUGGCAACGACGGAGGGAGAGAGAGAAAGAGAGACUGACAUCGAGAAGAGAGAGAGAGACUGGCAGCGACGGAGGGGCAGCGCGUCUGAAAUGACUUCUUGCUAAACACACACUUCUUUCUGCUCGGGGGGGAAAACCACGAACGAAAAAGAAAAACAAACGAGGUGGAAAAUCUCCCAGACAACAUAAUUCAUAACCACGUCUGAUUCAGAGGGAACGAGGCAGAAUCUCUAUUUGUUUCUGAACAGUAUUUUUUUAUUUUUUAUUAUUAUUUUAUUUUGAUACACACGCUAUCACAGAAGAGACGGAAAUACAAAAGACCAAACAAAAUAUUUUUUUAGGUUUUUGGCUGACGAGGAAUCCAGAAUUCGGAACCUAGAACCCAGAAUUCGAAUUACAGAACCUGGAAUUUGGAACCCGGAAUCCAGAAUUUGGAGUACAGAGCCUUGAAAGUUCCAGCCAGAGAAUAAUCGACUCUUUUUUUUUUUUUUUUCUGAAGUGUUUAUGUGUUAUGAAAAGGGCUGCUCGGACGAAAAGGUCUGGCUGCUGAAAUGAGUGAACAUCAACUGGAACACCCCUCGGAGAAUGGACUGGUCGAGGGAGGGGAGGAGGCUGGACCAAUCGUAUCGGUAUCAGAGCAGCCUGGGCCAAUAGGAGCGGGGGAGGCCGAACCAACGGGAGCCGGGGAGGGGGAGCUGGGCGGGAGCGAGGAGUGGGAGAUCGAGCUGGUGCGAGCCGACGGGAAGGAGAGCGAGGAUCUAACGGGAGGAAGUCGCGAGGUUGAACCGCGCGCUGAGUUCCUGCUGGGGGAGAACGAGAGCAACGGCGGGGAGAGCGAGAGGGGGAGCAGCGUGGCGUGGAGCGAGAUCAACUUCCCGGGAGAGAGCAAGAGGGAACGCCGGAACAACUCGUUCGGAGGGACCCGUCGUAAGAAGGCACUGGUGGAGGACGACUGGGAGGACUGGCCCAUACUGGGAUCCGGGUGGAAACGGAAAGAGGUGUUCAGGAGGUCUGGCGCGUCCGUGGGGAAGACGGACACCUAUUACCUGAGUCCGGACGGCACUCGGAUGCGCAGCAGGAUUGAGAUGGUGAAGCACAUCGGGGGUCAGCUGGACCUCACCCAGUUCGACUACAAAUCGGGGUGCUUUGUGGUACCCGGGGGAACCCUGAAAAGGAAGAAGCGAGGAGGAGGAGGAGGAGGCUGGAGGAAGAAGGAAAAGCUCUUGAUGGAAACGGACGACUUUUCCCAAAAGUUGUCGAGCCCCGAUGUGGUCUCCACCCCCGACUCCGUGCGGACCCCCGAUCGCGUCUUCACCCCCGACAGCGCGCGCACCCCGGACAGGAUCUGCACUCCGGUCAAGACCCCCCAAACCAAACCCUCGCCCCCCAAACGCUCGCCUCAACGAUUCUCUCUCCCCAAGGCCUCCCCCAUCAAGUUUUCCACCCCGCCGAAUAUCUCCCCCCACGCCCCCCCUCCCUGCUUCUCCUCCUCCUCCUCCUCACACCCCGAUCCUUCCUCCUGGUCCCGCGCUAUGCAGAACGAGCCGCACGCCCCGCCUUUCGUUCCCACGGAGCCCAUCGUCUUGGGCUGUGAGAAUUGCGGGAAGCCUCUUUCUGGAAUGGAAUUCGGAAUAACCGGACAGCUGUGUUCCAACUGCAGCCCGGCUAUGAAGCCAGAAAGCCCUCAAAAUAUCGUCUUCAGAAAGUGGCUGCCCUGCGGUCAGUGCGUGGCGUGCCACGUCACAGUGGACUGUGGAAUGUGUGCCAGCUGUCGGAAUGGGCUCCUGAACCCACACUCGGCCCGGCCUGUCCGGUGUCAGAGAAGAAAGUGUCUCCGGCCCAUCCGAAAGAAAAAGCCCCUGAAAGCACAGAAGCGGGUGAAGCAGAUGAAGUCCGUGAAAGUAAAAAAAAACCUGCAGUCCGAUUAUCUGGGGAGAGAGAACAGGAUGAAGAGCGUGCAGAAAGUGAAGCUGGAGGAGAGCCAGCGAGACCUGUGGCAGGAUGAAGAUUACAUCGUGCCUUACAGCAAGAACGAGAAGGAGGAGCAGUACAGUGCUUUGAGUGCGGGAACGAUGAGAGAGUUCCCCAUCCCACAAUAUCUUAACCCGGAAGACUUCUCGUAUUUCUACGUGGAUAAUGAGGAUGACAAUGACGACCAGGACGGACCCAAGAAGCGAAGCCGGCGGUCGUGUGGCGGGUGCGAGGCCUGCCUGCGCACCACGGACUGCCGCACCUGCGACUUCUGCCAGGACAAGCCCAAAUUCGGAGGCCGGAACAAGAAGAGGCAGAAAUGUCGCCUCCGGCAGUGCCAAGUGGAGGCCAUGAGGCACCUGCUUCCCUUCCAGAGGGGUCAGACGAAGCACAUGGGGGACGUCGGCUGGCUCGGACCGGGCAGGCAGCGCCCCCAGUCCCCCAGGACCCCCAAACUGCGCAGGAGCAAGGCGGGGCGCCCCCGAAAGAAAACCUCCCCAGACUGGCCCUCGUGGGGGGCAUUUCAGUUCACCAACGAUGAUGACGAGGAGGAGGAAGAGGAGUACGAGCUGCAGUACGAGGAAGAGCUGGAAUUGGAGGAAGACUGCAUGGAAGAAGACAUUGAGCUGGACAGACGGGUACCCCCAGAGUUACAGGGGAUCCCCAAAUUCUAUCAGGGUGACCCCUCGCCUCAGUUGCCCCAGUACCCCGGUUACCCCAACCACAAACCAGAGACACAGCAAUUGUACAUGAGCGGGUACCCCAUCGCAAUGCAGGGCUGCAUGAAGACUGAUUACGGAAACGUCCAGAUCAUGAAAGUGAAUGAGUUCUCAAGACCCGGAGAGGAGCUGAGCGACUGCUUCCCCUCCACUGAGGUCCAGGUUCUGUACGACAGGACGGGGGCCCCUGUCCUCUUUGAGAAGCCGCCGCCACCACCGCCCCCCCCCGUGGUGCCCCAGAUGCUGUACAGCAAGGCCACAGCGCCCCCUUUCUGCAGGGAGGUGCAGCAGCAGGGAGAGAGGGAGGCGAUUGAGACCAUUGACCUGGAGGAAGAGGAGGAGGAGGAGGAAGGGGUGAAGAUCGUUCAGGUCGACACGGGGGACGAUGACGUGUUGGAGGUCACGCCAGUGAUCACUGGUAUCUACAGCCUUGCCUCUGGUGAGUCAGCCCAGCCGCAGCCCCACGAGCUCCUCCUCUUCCUGGACCGGAUCAGGCAGGUCCCCCUCCCAGCACACUGGGUGGGUCUGGCGCUGGAGGGCCCGCGGAUCCAGCUGCUGCAGUGCUCCAAACUCUCCACCAUGUCUGACACCGUGGUCCAGAUUGAGCCCGGGUUCUACUACCAGAUCACAGUGCAGGGUCAGCCCCUGCUGCUCUCGCACCCGCUGUACGAGCGCCACCCCCAGCGGCUCCUCGCCGUCGGAGACGUCAUCGGCCUGCUCGCCGACCUGGAGGGGUACAGGGUGUGCCCCGGGUACCCCAGUCACCUGCCCGGAGCCGAGGGGGAGGAGGAGGGGGAGCCUGUGAUGUUUGUGAGAGCAGCAGCCUGUGACCUGCUGGUGCGGAGCGAGGGGAGGUGUGACCGCUGCAGCGUGACCCCGCUGGUCGUGUGAGGGGGGGGGGCGCCCCUGAAAGACGUGUGGGAAGGAGGACGCCAGGACGGACAGACAGACUGAGACAGACAAACUUCUUUUUUUAUUUAAGGCAUGCAAGUAUAGUGGGUGUGUGUUUGUUUUUUAAAUUCUUUUUAGAAUGGGAUUGCCCUCUGAUCUAUUACUGGUUUGUUUUUUCGAUUUUUUUUUUGGUUUUUUUUUUUUUUGUCCUUCGCGUUUAUUCCAGAAAACUGGUAACCUCGAAAAAUUCCCUCCUGCAGAAAAGGACAGUUAAAACACUCGCCUGUCCCGUGAAACAGGGCUUCGUUUUGGAUACAGCCAUUCCUAAACUCUGUCGUGUGAAACGAUUACAAAACUUCUCGCCCGAAGGACGGAGCACAAGGAGGGGAAGUGACUUGCUCAGGGUCACACACACACACACACACACACACACACACACACACACACACACACACACACACACACACACAGAAACGUCACUGGUGCUGAAUUAGAAACUUAUAGAAAUCACGCUAACUAUUAUCCACUGUCUGCUGACCAACCCAGACCUAAAAAAAAAAUCACUCGGGCAGCCAGAGUUGAACCCUGGGCUGCAGAGGUGGCAGGAGAGACACUGUCUGUCUGUCUGUCUGUCUGUCCGUCCGCACCACAUCGUCCUCUUUCUUCUGUAUAAAGACUCUACCUCAAUGCAACAUGUUUUCUAUAGAAAUUCUGUCCAGCUUCUUCUUCCACUACAGAACUAUUGAAUGAAUGAAUUUGAAUUUCAACUGCUCCCUUAAAAAGUAUACUUUGAUCCGUUCCGAGAUCCAGUCCAGAAAGGUAGAUUAAUGCUUUAUUAAUGAUGUAUGUGUGGGUGUGUGUUUUAAUUUUUUAUUUUUUUUUUUAUUUAAUAUUGUGUUGAAUUUCGUAGGUCGUCCAGGAUUGUUGGCUUUCGGUUUGAAGGUUUUCAAAAUGUAUUUAUUUUUUUAGACCCCCCCUGUCACUGUCUGCAUAUUUUUUCCAUGUUAACUUAACAGUCUGUGGCUCGGUUUUAUAAUGCUUAAAAAAAAAAAAAUGUAAUUAAAAUCGUGACCAAACAUAGAUAUAUAAUGUCGAUCUUUACGCCAGAUCGAUAUUAACUAACUGGUAUUUUUUCACUGCAGUCGUAUUAAACAGGCUUGCAUUUCCGCAAACGGCCGCUAGAGGGCAGUGAAGCUGCUGGUGAUUAAAAUGUAAAACAAGGUUUGAGAAGAGGGUGUUAAUAAGCUGCGAUACACACCCUUUAUCUAACCACUGAGCUCCUCAAACCCGCUGCCUUCCACACUGCAGCCCAGCGCUUUCUUUAUCUAACCACUGAGCUCCUCAAACCCGCUGCCUUCCACACUGCAGCCCAGCGCUUUCUUUAUCUAACCACUGAGCUCCUCAAACCCGCUGCCUUACACACUGCAGCCCAGCGCUUUCUUUAUCUAACCACUGAGCUCCUCAAACCCACUGCCUUCCACACUGCAGCCCAGCGCUUUCUUUAUCUAACCACUGAGCUCCUCAAACCCGCUGCCUUCCACACUGCAGCCCAGCGCUUUCUUUAUCUAACCACUGAGCUCCUCAAACCCGCUGCCUUCCACACUGCAGCCCAGCGCUUUCUUUAUCUAACCACUGAGCUCCUCAAACCCGCUGCCUUCCACACUGCAGCCCAGCGCUUUCUUUAUCUAACCACUGAGCUCCUCAAACCCGCUGCCUUCCACACUGCAGCCCAGCGCUUUCUUUAUCUAACCACUGAGCUCCUCAAACCCACUGCCUUCCACACUGCAGCCCAGCGCUUUCUUUAUCUAACCACUGAGCUCCUCAAACCCACUGCCUUCCACACUGCAGCCCAGCGCUUUCUUUAUCUAACCACUGAGCUCCUCAAACCCGCUGCCUUCCACACUGCAGCCCAGCGCUUUCUUUAUCUAACCACUGAGCUCCUCAAACCCGCUGCCUUCCACACUGCAGCCCAGCGCUUUCUUUAUCUAACCACUGAGCUCCUCAAACCCGCUGCCUUCCACACUGCAGCCCAGCGCUUUCUUUAUCUAACCACUGAGCUCCUCAAACCCGCUGCCUUCCACACUGCAGCCCAGCGCUUUCUUUAUCUAACCACUGAGCUCCUCAAACCCGCUGCCUUCCACACUGCAGCCCAGCGCUUUCUUUAUCUAACCACUGAGCUCCUCAAACCCGCUGCCUUCCACACUGCAGCCCAGCGCUUUCUUUAUCUAACCACUGAGCUCCUCAAACCCGCUGCCUUCCACACUGCAGCCCUGCGCUUUCUUUAUCUAACCACUGAGCUCCUCAAACCCGCUGCCUUCCACACUGCAGC